AUGUUAUACGGUUGCUGCACUCUAGUACCGUGGAAGAUUUUCCGUGAGGAGCUUAACAACGUGCACCCAAUAUCUUCUGGGCUGGAGACGAUGGCGUUGAAAACUACAAUAGAUCUGACAUGUAACGACUUCAUAUCCAACUUUGAGUUUGAUGUGUUUACAAGAUUAUUUCAACCCUGGAGUACCUUGCUACGUAACUGGCAACUGUUGGCGGUGACGCACCCUGGUUACGUAGCCUUUCUUACUUACGAUGAAGUUAAAGCGCUUCUUCACAAGUAUAUACACAGACCCGGGAGUUACGUCUUCAGGUUAUCAUGUACGCGGUUAGGGCAGUGGGCGAUUGGUUACGUCACAGUCGAAGGCGAAAUCCUCCAGACAAUACCACAGAACAAAAGCCUUGUUCAGGCGCUAUUGGAUGGAUAUAGAGAGGGAUUCUAUUUAUAUCCAGCGGGGAAAGACUUAAACCCAGAUUUGAGCAGCGCGAUUAUUUCACCUUCUGAAGAUCACAUCACCGUUACUCAAGAACAGUACGAGUUGUACUGUGAAAUGGGUAGCACGUUCCAACUAUGCAAGAUAUGCGCAGAGAACGACAAGGACAUUCGGAUAGAGCCGUGUGGACAUUUACUAUGUACUCCUUGUUUGACUGCGUGGCAAAUUGAUUCGGAAGGUCAGGGUUGUCCGUUCUGUCGAGCGGAGAUCAAAGGGACGGAACAGGUUGUGGUGGACGCGUUUGUCCCGCCACGACCACCUAAUACUACUUCAGAUAAGAGUGGCAACACAAAAACUGCAGUUAAAUCUGUGUCAUCAAAUUCGUCAGGAUCGUCCGGAUCGUCGGGUUGUAAUGGAUCCAGCGUUGACGUCACAAUAUCUGGAAACUCGAACGGCUGGUCAUCAAGGAACACAACUUUCAAUGGACUCACGGACGAUAUUGAUGAUUCGGAGAGACUGAGGCGGAAAUCACCGCAUGCUUAG